AUGAUGCGCUUGCUAGCCUCCACGGUCGCUGCGCAGUGCGGUUUGGCUAUUCGCAUCACCAAAACAACGUCCGCGCUAUCGUUCUGUGUUCAAUCGCCCGUGGCAGCUGCCGUCCGUUCACGCUCCAUGUGUAGUUCCGCUCCGGGAGCAAAAGAACGCCGGCUACAGGUCGGUGCCAGCACCGUGCACUUUGUCGAGGCAGGCGAUGGCAACCGCGGCGUCAUACUGUUGCCCGGUGCGCUCGGUACGGCCUGGACGGAUUUCAAACCACAAAUCGUGGGCUUGCCGGCGCUGCUUCCGCACCAUCGUGUAAUUGCCUGGGACCCACCCGGGUACGGCAAGUCCCGACCGCCCGACAAGCAGUUUACGGUGGAUUUUUACGAGCGGGAUGCUGCCGCGGCCUGUGAGCUAAUGCAGAAGCUUGGCUUCCAGCGGUACAGUGUCGUUGGCUGGAGUGACGGUGGCAUUACCGGUCUAGUGUUAGCCGCCAAGCAACCGGAAAGGGUGGAAAAGCUGGUCGUGUGGGGCUCGAACUCAUACAUAUCGGACACGGAGGCUAACAUUUACGAAGGUAUUCGGGAUGUUAGCAAAUGGUCGGCAAGAAUGCGGGAACCAAUGGAGCAGGUGUAUGGUGUAGAACACUUCCCCAAGCUAUGGUCGGCCUGGGUGGAUGGAUUGUUGCGCAUUCAUCACGAGCGCAAAGGGGAUAUCUGUUCUGGGUCACUAAAGCACAUCAAAGCCCCGACGCUGGUCGUGCACGGAGCAAAGGAUCCGAUGAUCAUACCCGACCACGUACCUUAUCUGCUGAACAACAUCAAAAACACGGAUCUGCAUGUGUUCCCCGAUGGCAAGCACAAUAUUCACCUGCGCUAUGCAAACGAGUUCAACGCGAUAGUGGCCAAAUUUCUGCUGGCUUAGGGCCUUCGUUAUAGUACCCGAACUUGAUUGUUUUUCUGUUAUUCUGUUACAUAAUUUUACGGUCUCGAACGCAGCUUUAUUUAUUGAUUGGUUAUCUCGUUAUAUUGUAAACGCCAAGCGUGUAACUGUCGAAGGAACACAUUUCGCCAUAGGAAGUACAAACACAACUGUGGGUAUAAAUAACAAUUUGGGUGCACUUCUACAUAAAGAUUAGAUUGAUAGCCGUUAGCAAAACAUUGCCCAAGCUUAAUGAAUGCUAAUGGAAGGUAAAACAUAUCACAAAUCAAAGGUGUGGUUAUGUUUCUCGUAACACUGAGUCGAUUUGUCAACGAAGUUGUCUUCCUUUGAUGUACAAACAACACUAAUAUUUUAUCAAAAAACUCUCAAAAAUAUGAAGACAUAAAACAAACAAAAA